GUGCCUCCAGCAAGAAUAUGACUCCAGUCUGCCUACUGCUAGUGUCAUCAUCUGUUUCCAUGAUGAAGCUUGGUCUACCCUGCUGAGGACCGUGCACAGCAUUAUGGACACAGCCCCAAAGGCCUCCCUCAAGGAUAUCAUCCUUGUUGAUGACCUCAGCCAGCAAGGGCCCCUGAAAUCAGCUCUAAGUGAAUACAUCUCUAAGCUGGAUGGCGUGAAACUCAUCCGGAGCAACAAGAGGCUUGGAGUCAUCCGAGGUCGGAUGCUUGGAGCUGCACGGGCAACCGGGGACGUGCUUGUCUUCAUGGAUUCACACUGCGAGUGUCAGAAGGGCUGGCUGGAACCCCUCCUAGCCAGGCUGUCCAGCAACCGAAACAGUGUCAUUUCCCCUGUCAUAGAUGUCAUAGACUGGAAGACUUUUCAGUACUAUCACUCUGUGGGCCUACAUCGAGGUGUUUUUGAUUGGAAACUAGAUUUUCAUUGGGAACCCAUGCCAGAGCGUGAAGAGAAGGUACGACAGUCUCCCAUCAGCCCUAUCAGAAGUCCUGUGGUAGCUGGUGCAGUAGUGGCCAUGGAUCGACAUUACUUCCAAAACACUGGAGCUUAUGAUUCUGACAUGGCCAUGUGGGGAGCAGAAAAUCUGGAGCUGUCUAUAAGGACCUGGCUCUGUGGUGGUUCUGUGGAAAUUAUUCCAUGCUCCCGAGUUGGGCAUGUCUAUCGAAAUCAUUUUCCCCGUGCUUUCUCCUAUGAAGAGGCCAUUGUGAGGAACAAAAUCCGAAUAGCAGAGACCUGGCUGGGCUCUUUUAAAGAGAAUUUCUACAAGUACGACCCAGUGGCUUUCUUAAUCAGCAAGGCAGAGAAGCCAGAUUGCAGUGAGCGCCUUCAGCUACAGAAGAGACUGGGCUGUAGAAAUUUCCAGUGGUUUCUAUCAAAUGUGUACCCUGAACUCUCCCAACCCAAAGACCCCAAAGACACACCAAGAUUCUCUGGCAAGCUUUACAAUACUGGUGUUGGCUUCUGUGCAGAUUACAGACCUGGAAGAGCCAGUGCAGAAGGCUCUAUCGAACUCUCUCCUUGCAGUGACAGCCUCACCCAGAACUUUGAGUAUAACAGCAUGAAGGAAAUCCGGCUUGGAUCUGCUCCGCUGCUUUGCUUUGAUGUCAGACACGGGAAGGUUAUCCCUCAAAACUGUACAAAGGACCCAGACAAGAGCCAGCAGCAGUGGGAUGUCCAGGAGAAUGGAAUGAUUGUACACAUCCUGUCUGGCAAAUGCAUAGAGGCAGAGAAGAGUGAAGAUGAGAUGGACUUGGGUUUGGGUGUAUGUAACAAGAACGCAAAUCAGGUGUGGCAAUUUGAACAUUCCCAUGUGCUACGUCAGAGAUGA